AAACAAUCACACUCACAGAUUGCAUCUUCCUUUGCAUUAUAUGUUUUCAUUGCUAUUAUUUUUGGCUAAUACGCAUUUCGUUUUGCAAGAGAAGAGGGAACUAAUUUAAUUAGUUGUGAAGGCUGCAGAUUUUGCUUUCAAAAGCAGAACACCCUCCCUCACUUCCUUUACAUCGACUGAAGAUUAUCCGCACUCCCCUCCUCAAUAAUGGGUUUGGGAGCACUCAUUCACUUUGUGAGAGAGUGCAUCCAUAAGUACCUCUACUUUUCCAAGGCUACAAUAUGCAUCCAGGGGUUGGUUUUGAGCCAUAGCUUCGUCAACCAUGCGAUAAUGUCUAUCUUGAUAGUGUACCUCCAAAACAAUUGGUCUCAUCCACAUUUUCAAAUAGCUGCCGUAGUUACCAAUGUGCAAGAAGGGAUAGCAGACAUAUUGGUGAUUUUCCUAGCUCAUUUCUCACACACAUUCAAUGGUGGUCUCAAAAUAAUUGCCACCACAAAUGCUGCCUAUAUUCUUGGGCUAUCUCUGUUAUGGCUUCCUAAUGAAUAUAAAAGCGAGGACUACGCAGCAAUGGCCAGGAUAUUCUAUGGAGCAGUGGUACUAUUAACAUUAGGUGAAUCUGGGCGAUCCGCUGCUUUGAAAGAAUUUCUUAACAAGCAAUGUUUAAGCCAACAUAAAGAAACAGGACGCACUGAUGGCAAACGACCGGAAGGAUGGGAAGAAGCUAGCGAACAGAAAGAAAUAACAGCAGAAAAGUAUACAGAAGCUGGUGGUGAUCAACAGGUGACGAAAGAAAUGGCAGAAAGGGAUAAAAAGGACUUCUGGGGUGUUCCAUGGUUUUUAGGUGCAGUGGUACCUCUUUUCCUUUUAAAAACAACUUGGACUCAGAUCUUCAUGAUUUCAACAAUUGCAAUGGCAGUUUCUUAUUUAUUGUUCUGGUUUGGCUACAACGAUUAUUUGAAAAACAAUAAAGAAGCACAAGCAGGGGAGCAUCACCAAGUCACAGAAAGAGAGAACCUUUGGACAUUGAACAAAAAGGUGAGGAAGAAAAAACGUUUGCGCAAAGAAAUUGUAGCUUCAUGGUUAGCCUUCUUUGUAUACAGUAUGGUAAAGGCAGCAGGGAGCACCUUCUUUUUCGAACAAAUGAGUAACUUGAAAAAUCCCAUCCACAAUUAUGACCCUGCAGUUUAUUUCAAUGUGCUUAGCUCCUUUUCGAAGUACAUAAUCUCAUUUCUCUUCCCCAAACUAAUUCCAAAGCGAACGCGGGCUAGAAUUGGCUGUGGAAUGGCUUCUACUGUGUUAUGUUGCGUUGCUGCUUGGGUGGUUGAGAUCCAGAGGAUGAGGAAAGUUACGAGGGCAGGGCUUGAAGAUGACACUUCAGAAACUAUUUCUAUGAGCAUGUUUUGGUUGGUUCCACAGUUCUUCCUGUUAGGACUUAUGGAAGGGUUAGCCGUAGAUGGAUUGAUUGAUCUUUUGGCUGAUAGAGUGGACGAGAAGGAUAAAGAAAUGGCUAAGCAUUAUGGAUCCCACACCAGCGACUUAGUCGUGGGGACUGGAAAGUUAUUAACCGCUCUUAUUAUCUUGGCAUUUAGGCAUAGAUGGUUCAAUGACAGCAUAAAUCUGAGUCGUCUUGACAAGUAUUACAGACUGCUAACGUUUCUAAGUCUCGGUAGCUUCAUCUACUACUUGUGUGUUGGCUUUUAUUUUUAUAGCAAUGAUGACGCACAAAAUUCUGCCAUUGAAGAACAUGAACAAGGCCAUAAUGGAAGUGGAAAUAUGGAAAUGGCGACUAUUUAGAUCUCCUAACACGAGUUAUGAACAAUGAGUUUGUAAACAGAGUUAUAUAUAUAUAUAUAUGUUUAAAUUGCAAUGCAAGUUUGUAUGUUUUUGGGGUCUUUUUCCUUGAUCAAGAGUAGGAGACAACACCACUCUGUUGUCUGGUGAAAGUUUCCAAAGUUUUGUACUUUGUCCAAGCUUGAUGUUCAGUAUGUAAAAUUUAGGGCUAACGACAAAAGACUCCCUGAAGGUUUGGGGUCAUUCUCAAUAUGAACCCUAAGGUUUCAAUUUCAUCAA